CAGGUUCCUGGCAGCCUGCAGGUAACGAAGCAGCCACGAAGACUGAACCACAGUGUCUCCGAUUCCAACGGAACUUUGCCUUGGUUUGUACUCGCGUACCCCGUACAUUGUAAGAUUCCUGAUUGAUACUCCUUUCCAGGUUGAUAAACUGGAUACCAGGUCUUUCAUGGUGAUGUGUAGAUGAGAAAGACAACUACUGCAUGAGCACCCACGGUGCAUAAUGACCUGGGUAUUGAGCAGUAGGUCGUUUCUGGUCCGCCUGACGCGGUCUGCUCUUUAUUCUUUGUAUCCCGGAGUUGCGCGAUAUCGCUCCAGUUAACCAACACUUCUCAACUUAUACAACUCUCGGACACUCACGCAGCACCAAGCAAGCCAACAACCACGACACACUCUUCAACAAGCUUUUCUGAACCAGUGUCUGUUUGGUUAGUGGUGCUUGUUGCCCAACCACGCUAUGAGCGCCCAGGACAUGUCUCUCCUGAUGGAGGACCACGCCAUGAGCGUCGAUGGAGACAUUGGGAAUCUCGACGUAAUGCAAGGCCUAGAUGGCAUGGAGGUUAUGGGGGCUAUGGAUGGCAUGGAGAGCAUGGGGAGCGCCAUGGCGCUGGACGACGUCGACCUCUUUGGGGAUCCCGUCAUGGACGACCCCCUUGGGGGCCCCCUUGGCGCUCCCUCGCCGCGGUCCUUCCCGAGCAAGCAUCUGCAGCAACGCCUGGAUGACCUGCGCACCCGCGGCUGCUGCCAGACCAUUGCCUGGUCGCGCCAGGGCACCAUUGCUUCCGUCGCCAAGGACGCCAUGUCCAUAGACCUGCGCUUCAUCCGCUGCAACCCGGACACCACCGAGUGGGAGCUGAGCGAACCCGCCUCCUGGUCCCCGUCCUCAAGUGCCGCCCCCUUCGUCCACCUGGCCUGGUCCCCCAGCGUGAGCCCGGAGCUCGCCGUCCUCGACGCCCACGGCCGCAUCACCGUCCUGGGCUUCUCCAUUGCCAACAACCAACCCUAUCCCGCCCGUCGCUGGGAAAGUGACGUUGUCGACGAUCUCCACGCCAUCGUCGGCUGCUACUGGCUUCCCUUGGGGAUGGCACAGAACAAGCCAUUUUAUGUAAGCCAUGGACCCGCCAUCAUAAACCAGUCCGAACACCGGUACGAGCAUCAAUUCCACCAGGCUUUUGGUCCCUGGCAUCCCAACCCGGCCAAGAGUGCGUUGCUAUGUGUCACGACAAGUGGUUCACUCAAGUUGUUGUUCACGGCGAACAGCCAACGACCCGAGGAGACGGCCAUUGAGCUUGAGAGCGUCACGUCAUCGGACGAACUCAUCACCCACGCCUCGCUUUGUUCAGACAAGAACACUCUGUUGAUCGCCCUCGCGACCGCCUCAAAACAACUGAGGAUUGUGCGCGUACAAAUCCAAUGGGGCGUACCUCAAGUCGACAAGCAGGUGCCUCCUGGCAGCGUGCCCCUGAGGCCGUCGCUCAAAGAGAGUCAUGUGGCCGUGACCAGCUGGUUCCAGCAUGGCCCUGGUGAAUCAGCCUUGGACGUGCCCAUGGCUCAGCUCUCACACAUCGAGAUGCUUCCCUCCGUCCCCGCCAUGCAGGCCCAGCCCAUGAGUCAUGCUCUUGUCCUGACAGUGCGGUCCUACAUCCCACAGGACGGCUCUCCGUACCAUCAAAAUGGUCAGAGCAUCAUUGACCGCUGGGAGGUCGUCAAUGACCAGCCUCAGGCCCUCCACCCGGCUUUUGAACAGUUAGGGUCCAAGAACGGCGCUGCAUCCGCACCUCCUACCACGGCGCGGCUACGCAGACUCGACCCGAUCAUACUGCCCAAAAUCGUUGUCACCAUCACAACAACACAAUUUGGCAGGGUGCUCUGUUUUGCAUUCAGCGAUAGCACCAUCCAGUACCGGGAUCGCUUCACCAUGAAUGAGUUGUAUACCGAGCAGAACACCAACAGCAUUAUGCAUCCACUACAGGCUGGAUUCCGGUUCGACAGUGGUGUCCCAUGUCUUCAAGUGGCCUUCUCCCCCACCAACUGCUCCUUCGUCCAGAUCUGCGACGACUCGACAGUUAAAUGGGUCAGGUUACAGUACCCAAUGCACGACCCAAAUGCGGAGCUGCAACCUGCCGAUCAAAAGUCGGUACUACUCGCGUUGACGGUCGCCUCAUCCGCCAUCGCGGUGAACCAGGCCGCCUGCGACGACGUCUUGGCAAUAGCGCGGCCAUUUGCGCAGAGACCAGAGUUCGCAAACGCAUGGGUGCGAGAAAUGGUCAACAUGCUCAAAAUCACGGUCGACUAUUCGGAGGAGACGCACCACGACCAGCUCGUGCGCAACACACUGCUGCAGCACUGCUUCAGCGUCAUCAACCAUCUCGGCUACCGCGGAGACUUCAGGGCCCCGUCCCCUAGCGGCAAGUUCGCCAUGCUCGCCCUAGGCCUGCGGAACAUCUUUGUCGUCAUCACGGUGGCCAGCAACACGGCGAUAGGCUUCAAGGAGAAGCUGAACCCGCUGGACGACCCAGACGUCGUGCACGCCGUGGCCGGUUGCACCCAGUGGGGACUCUCUCUGUUCGCCUGGCUCAUGGACGCCCUCCUCGACCUGGUCAGCGAUAAGGAGGUCAAGUCCAUCCUGAGCGACCCGAAGCGCUUUCCCGAGCUCGUCAAAUAUCUCCCGCCGAACCAGUACAUCCCGCUGCAGAUGAUCCUCUGCUCCUCGACUCGAGGCCUCUUGUUAGCGGCUUGCCGUCGACUCAUGCACGUCGAGACGGUCAGCAGUCGCGCCACUCAAUACUACGAGAACCGAAUCCAGCAGCAGCAACAAACACAAGACCUGUCCGCAGCCGCCGCGUUACGCCCCCACCCACAGCUCUACCAGGCCUAUCAGCGGCUGUCCCUCUCCGUCUCGGACCCGCUCGUCAAAGUGUCCGACUUUGAGCACCUGCUGAGCGAGCUGGCCAGCGACAUCCACGCGGCCUACAAAACCACCCUCUCGGGCCUCGGCGCGGUCAAGAUGAAGGCCGCCGCCGCCGCCUCCUCCCAGCAGCAGCAGCACGCCGGCAACAACCUGACGGAGCAGCAGCAGCAGCAGCAGAUUUCCGAGCAGCUCAUCAAGAAGGCGCAGGCGCACUGCGAGCUGGACCUGCUCCUGGGCGGGAACCCGCCGCCCAUGUUCCGCGAGGUGCUGCUAAAGCUCGUCACCGCCACCCUGCCCGCCUUCCUGCGCGACCACAACAACACCAAAACGGACCGCGCCGCGCUGUACCUGGCCAGACACCCCUUGCUCGGAGUGCACGACGAUGCGAGGUUCUUGGCGAUGAGGAAAUCUGCGGGUGCCUACGUCGACGUGUUUAAGCGGUGCGAACUGGUAGUCGGCGAAACUCCCCGGGCCCGGUCGAUGCAGGGCGGCGCCGGAGCGGCAGCAGCAACAGCCAACAACAACAACAGCAACAGUCAUUCUAGGAGUAUGACGACAACGGUGCCGGCCAAACGGAAGGCUGCCAACGCCAACAACGGGGAAGAAGCGGUGGCAGCCAAAGCAGGGGGCGCCACCGCCCCCGCCGGUGGAAUCAAUAAUGAGAACGACAUCAACGAGGGCAAUGGGAUGGCACACUGGAGGAUGUCGAUGCAGGGAAGCUGGACCGGCAUUGGUGGGGCCGGCGGCGACAACAACAACAACAGCGGCUGCCCGCAGUGGCGCCGGUGCGUGCGCUGCGCGGCCGUCAUGGAGGACAUUUGGAGCGCGAAGCCCGGCUAUCACUUCCUCUUGACGCAGCAGAGGAAAUGCCCCUGCGGAGGGAGCUGGGCGACCGUGCCCAGGAGGAGGGUUUAAGGGGGGCGCCAGGCGGUUCGGUCGCCAGUUGGAGGUUUUGGGGGGGACGAGGAAAGACUAAACAGGUUGCAAGAUCGUUGUCUUAGGGCCAAUGUGGCUUUUUGAAAUGACGGAAGAGGAAUCGGAAGUUCAGCGGGGGUUUGGUUUGGCAGGCAAAUAGCAUAUACCACCAGGAAGUGAGUCCGGGAUCUGUUGCAUCUCAAAU